GUAUGUAUCUUCAAUCGACAAAUAGGUCAUUUAAAUUUAAUUUAGUGUUUUGUUUUCUGUUUUAUUCAAAACUCGAGGCUUUUUCAGCCUGCCGUUCGAAUAAUUAUCCUUUCUCAAAUAAUUACACAAUUACUUUAAAGUACCCACUCCCCCCCACUCCCUCAAAUGCUCUACUGCUGUUCAAAUUUCAAAACUCGUAUACUUAUCCCCUCUCAAUUAAUUGCUCCCUCCAAAAUUAAUUAUUUGAGCAUAUAUGAUGGGAGAUUACCUUCCUUUAAUCCUUUUUAUACUAAUAAACUUUUAAAAUUUCUUCUUAACCCAACUUCUUUCAAUUUAACGAGCGUAAAUUCAAAAACAUUUUUUCUUGUCGAAGCAGCUGCUGAGAAUCCUUUUGGAACAGAAUUUUUUGUUUGGUUGGAUGCUGGUUAUGGGCAUGGUGAUCGUUCAAUUUUCCCGUCGGGAUGGAAGUGGCAGCCAAAAUUUGAGAAAGGAAUUAUUUCUUUAAUUAAAUUAACACCUCCAACAGAUUUAAUUACUCAUUACAAUUUACAAUCUCUAUAUAGAGAUAUUUCUGUAAUAAGUGGUGGUUUUUUAGCUGGGGAUAGAAAUUCAAUUAUUCGUCUACACCAACUUUAUUAUAAAAAAUUUAUUAAUUUAAUUGAAAAACAAAAAGUUGAUGAUGAUCAAACAAUGCUUGUUUUGUUAAUUAAUGAAUAUCCAGAAUUCUUUCAUAUUUAUUAUGGGGAUUGGUUUGACGCUUUUGAACUUUUUUGA